AUGUCUGCUGCAGGUGUCCAGACAAACGUCGUCCAGAUACACCGUCGCAAGUCCAGCAAAGAAGAUGACGAGAACAUCCUCGUCUUUCCGAGCAGCCAACCGGCUGAGUCGCCGGCCGUACCACCUCUCAGCGAGGCCAUAGGCCAACGCGGCCUUCUGCCAUCUGAGGCGCAACCUCGCCCGGUUUCCUACCCUGCCAUGUCGCCAUCUCAGUCGUAUCCAGGACAGCCGGGCCAGUAUCGUCCUCGCCCACCAAGCUUGAACGGGGCACCUCGCGGACGCGUUGCGCCCGCUAUGCGCCAAUCCUUGUCGCUUCCGUCUGGCUCUCACUCGCGAACGCGCUCUGUGUCUGGCCCGUUUUAUCCAGCCAGCCCAUCCCCUCUGUCGACAUCAUUUCCAAUACACCAGCCACCCACGCCGGGUGCGCUCAAGUUUCCGACGUCGUCCACCGCACCCGAGUUGUACGCACGCACGCAGGAGAACGGGACGCCACCGAUGCACACGCGCCGGCACUCACGCCUGCAUUCUCGGAACCUAUCGGUAUUCUUCCCGCGCCCAGGCUCGCUGCCGCACGAUGUAAUCACAGAGGAUGGCGCGCAGGAUAUGGCGUAUAGCGACAGCGCUCAGGCGAUUGAGGGUGUACUGAUGCCCUCAGCAUCACCAGGUCCUGGACAGCGGACAUUCCGCGAAAACUUCACGUUCGGUGCGCGGCCACCUACGACGUCGUCCCCACACCCUAUGCCAGCGAUGUCACCGUCUGUGUCUGCCGGAGCGUCGCGGCGGGGGCAUCACCACAAACACUCGCUCUCGCACAAUUUUUUCUCGUUCCUCGAGCCGGGAGGCGGUUUGCCCACGUCACCAGACGAGCUGCACACACUGGCGACACCCAUGCCUGUCAGCCCGUGGGCGCCGAUUUCGCCGUUGCAGACGCCGGCUGAUGAGAAGGUAGGGAGCCUGCACACGGCGGUGAAGAGCCCGAUAGGGCGCGUACGCGCCUCACCAGACAUACCGGCAUCUGCAGUGGGUGCGGCAGUCGCGCAGUUCCUCCUGGGCGUCUGGCUAUGGAUAUCUGGGCAGCAGGUAGGGUCUCUGUCGUGCACUGGCUUGGGUUACUGGGUCAUUUUCGAUGCUUUGGGAGUCGUGCUGAGCUCCGUACUGCCCGGAUACCUGGCGGGACCUUCCAUGCGGGCAGAUAUUCGGAGGCCGUUCGGCAAUACGCGAGUCGAGACAGUGGUGGCGUUCGCGCAGUCGGUAUAUCUGUUGUUUGCGUCGGUGUAUGUAUGCAAAGAGACCGUCGAGCACAUACUUCUGUCAUCCGGCGAGGGGCAUCACCAUCAUCACGGUGACGAGGUGACAGAGAUCUUCGGAAUCGACUUCCCUCUUUUCCUCCUGUGUACCACGUUCGUUUCGUUGCUCCUCACCUCGUUCACAUUCAACAACCACUCCAAGCUCGUCAGCACGGCGGGCAAUCACAUCCCUCCUUUGACAGCACUCCUGCCAUCUCGCUAUCGAUAUGGCUCUCUCUCACCACUCUCAUUCCCUCCACGUCUAGCGAAUCUCCUCGCAAAUCCAUACACUCUCGCACCUCUUGUCUUCUGCACAUCUAUCCUCUGCACAUCAUUAUUUUCCCCACCAUACCAACAACGACCAUAUGAUCUCAUCCUUGCUGGGUUUGAGACGGUAGUGACAUUCAGCCUAGCUUACUCCGCCACCGUCGCUCUCGGUGCAGUGCUCCUCCAGACGUCCCCAUCACGGGGUCUGCCUGGGGGGCGGAUGGAGGCGUUUCUGCGUGCUAUGCGGGAGAUUGAACGCCAUCCCCAAGUCCUGCAUCUGCCUGCGCCACAUUUCUGGCAACUCACGCCAAACCUCACUCGCCCACAACCAUACUCUGCAGCCCCGAAUACGAAGAUUCUGGGCCCAACACAAUCGCUCGUUGUCACCGUCGAGCUCCACGUGCGCAAGGAGCUCGAGGAUGACGAGGUGCUCCGCCUGACGCGUUGGGCGUGGGAGCGCUGCUCGGCGGCGCUGCAUUUUGGUACGAGAACUGGAGAGGGCGGCGACGCUGAAGCGGAAGUCACGGUCGGUAUCGUCAGGGGAUGA